AUGUAUUCAACAAAACAAAAACUCGUACUACUCGUAGUAGUAAUUACUAUUAAACUUUCAGAAACAGAGAGAGAUGAUCAUAAUCGUGAUGGUGCUUUCCCUUGCGGUCACAAAUCUUCAGAGCAUCAUCAGUUUCCAAUUAAAUCCUAUCCACUUUUGGGUUGUACAUUAUCAUUGAUUAAAAACCGGCACCGCGUUAUCGACUGGACAACAGAAUUGCUGGCGAAAUCAUCGUCUGCAACCAUCACCCUAACAGGUCUCUUUGGUCGAAGCUGUAUCUAUACGUCAAACCCGUCCAACGUCCAGCAUAUUAUCAAAACUCGCUUCCAUUUCUACCAGAAAGAUGUCAUUCUACGACGUAGCUUACUUGACUUGUUGGGGAAUGGGAUCUUUCUUGUUGAUGGCGCGAAAUGGAAGUUCCAAAGACAACUCAUGAGCCGCGAGUUAAAAGCGAGUACGUUCCAUCAGCUAGUAAAGACUGUUACUAUGAAAGAGUUUUCUUCUCGUCUUCUUCCUCUCUUCUCAUCGGCUAUAGAAGAAGAUCAUGUACUGGACCUUCAGGAUAUCUUUCGCCGCUUCACAUUUGACAUGGUGUGUCAAGUAGCUUUUGGUUAUGAUCCACACUACUUGUUACCAUCAUUGGUUCUACUAAAUACACCCUUGGCAGACGCUUAUAGAACCGCAAUCAACAUCUCCAUGGGAAGGUGCAUUUGCCCUCCACUUUUAUGGAAAGUUAAGAAACUUUUAAAUAUUUGA